AUGAAGCCAUCUACAAACGCCCUGUGGGCUACCGUCGCAUUGGUGGUAUCAGGCAUAUCCACAGUCGCAGCCCAGACUUUAGAAGAAGCACUCAGCAAGCAAGCGAAUCUGACAACGUUCCGCGAACUGGUCAAGGAUAACGCAGACAUCUUCUCAAAUUUGCCCAAAUCCGGCGUCACGAUCCUCGCCCCCAGCGACGCAGCAUACCUCAAAGGCCAAGGCUGGGACUCAAACAAGGACGCCAUCGCCAUCGCCCUCCAAUACGGCAUCCUCGGUUCCAAAGUCGCCUUCAACGCCUUCUCACCAGGCGACUCAAGCAUCAUCUCCACCCUGCUCACCGACGCGCGCUACUCCAACGUGACGGGCGGCCAAACCGUCCUCGUCACAAAACAGCCUAACAACGAUGUGGUCAUCACAUCGGGCGUCGCAUCCCGCACCACGGUCCUCGAGACGGACGUCGCCUUUGACGGCGGGCUGAUCCAGAUCAUCGACAGCCUCAUGGUCACGCCUGCACGACUCGAGACCACCGCCCGCGACGCCUAUCAGGAUCUGACGGCGUUUCUCGGCGCGCUGUACACGGCCGACCUUGUGCCCGAAUUUGCUGAGAUGCCUAAUGUCACCAUCUUCGCGCCGAGGAACGCUGCCUUCCAGCAGGUUGCGGGAACGCUCUCCGGUAUGAGCAAAGAUGCGCUGCGCCGGGUGUUGCAGUACCACUUGGUACCCUCACGGGUAGUGCAGGCGUCUUCCCUAAAGAACGGGACCGAGUUCGCGACCGCCGCUACUGGGAACAAGAGUUUGGACAUUACCUUGUUCAACAACGACAUCUUUGUCAACUCGGCACGGCUGAUCCAGACGAAUAUUCUGAUUGCCAACGGCGUAGUGCAGAUGAUCGACGCAGUUCUCAACGUCGACGCACCCAACGCCGCCCCGAACGUGACGGCCGUUUCGCAGUCGCCGGUCUUCACGGUCACAGGAACGGUAGAGACGGGCACCGCGGCGCCUACGCCGUUCGUUUCUGCGUUGCCUUGUACGGCGAGCUGUCGCGUCACCGGCGGCGGAGGCGGCAGCGGGGCCGGAGGGACGGCCACGGGAGGGGUAGCGUUACCCAGCUCAAGCACCGGAGGCGUCGCCGCGGCGCGGUGCACUGGUCCAGGACUAGUGGGCGUUGCCGCUGCGGGGGCUGGAUUGAGUUUGGCCAUGGGGGUAUUGGGAAUGGAGGCCUUGGGUGUCAUCGUCUGA